CUCACAAGUUCCAGACCCAAAAAAUGCUUUCGGAGUCUGAGUGGGAAAGAGACCGCAGAGAGGAGGGGGAAGCACAAAGGGGAGAAAAGAGGGGGAGGAGUGAGAGAGAGGCAGCUACUAUAACAGUGAGAACUGGAGAUGUUUGUGAGCACAUGGAAAGAGCUGCUGGAGCUGGAACGAUCACCAGGGAGAAAACAGACUCAUCCAUCAGCGACAAACAGAAAUGGACCCCCUCCUCAGGAACUUGACUGCACUUCUUCUUUUCGUCUUGCCUCUCCUUAACACCCACCUCUCCACCCAUGCUGCCACUAUCUCCCCGCCGCCCACUCGCAGACGGAUCAUACACCUAGCCCCCAUGGGCUCAGAUGAUGACUAUGAAGAUUAUGAGGGGGAGAUCUUCUCUAGAGUCUUGUCUUCUUCCAUGAAGACUCCCCUUCUGCGCUCUGAGCUGUGUAACCAUGACCCCUGCAAGGAGAACCAGGAGCCCUGCAACGUCCUGAAAGCUCAAACUGGGUGCCUCUGUCCUGGGAGGAGUGGAGUUGACCAGCCUCCUCACGCUCCACGCAUCCAAGCAUUGAUGCCAGUCACUGAAGGGGACAACACGGGGGAUAUAGAGGUGCGGUGGUGCGCUCCGUCCUCUGUAGUGUCUGCCUACAGGGUGUCUGUGGAAGGAAGAGAGGGUGAUCUCCUGGAGUUUGGAGAUUCUUCGCGUCUGGGCUUGGUGGGACCUUUGGAAGUUGGGACAAAAGUGUGUGUGCAGGCGGUGAACAGUGCAGGACAAAGUAGUCCGUCAGAGUUCUCCUGUAUGCGCUACACACACUCUGAAUCUUCUGACCAUAAAUUGUUGACCUGGAUCAUAGUUGGUGGAGUUGCCUUAGUUCUGCUUCUCGUUGCAGCCGUGGUGACCAUCUGCAAGUGUCAAAAGACAAUGUGGCACAGUCAUGAGGAACUGGGAAACCUCUCUUACAGCAAAUAGGGAGGAGGGUGAUGAAAAAGCAGUGAUGCAUGAACGAAUCAGAACGAGAUAGUGGAUCUGUGGGACAGAGCACCAUUCUUAUUGUGGGCAAGUUGUUUAAACUCCUGUUUAAAGGAGCAGGCACUCAUGAUCCGGACACGACUAACAAAAUGAACUAACAAGUGUUUUAACAAUGGGGUGUCAUUACAGGUUCAUUUGCUGGCAAAUUAACGUCUGUAGACUUAAUAUUGACUAUUCUCUGUUGCAUUUAAAUUUAAUUGUACAUAAUAGGUUUUGGCGUACAAGCCACUGGAUGAAAAUGUUUUAAUAAAAUUAUUUUGAUUAAAAA